GAGGCUUCACGAAUCUCCACGACCGCUGCCUAGAUCUCGGGCCAGGAAAUAGCCCCUUCGCAGGAACCACCCUACCGGCCGAACAGGAGGCGGAGGGGGGGAGGCGGAGCGGCGCCGCGCUGCACUACUUUCCUCUCCGGUUGCAAAUGGCUGCCUCGUUCCCCACUUUCCGCUCAGUUUCCUGACCCCCCGGUGCCGGGAGCCGGGGUUGGGCCAUGCACCUCUAGGCCUCCCGCGAUCACAGCCAGCUGGGGGUCGAGAGGGUGCCACCGACCAGAGCCGGCCAAGCCGGGGGCGGGGCAGCUCCCGAGGCCAGAGGGGAAGGGAGGCGAGCGCUGGGCCUGGAGCGGCCGGAGGGGAGCGGGCAGAGGGCUCGCACCGCCCGCCCCUUCCUCUUCCUCGCCCACCUAGCCUCCUCCCUUCCCCGGGGGGAGCAGAGGUGGGGGUCUCGAAGCCGCCAAGGGUGAGCGCUUGGGGUCGAGAAGCCCAGCGCUGGGUGUGUGUCAGGUUCAGCCCCGCGGCCCCACCGGCUCCGCGUCGCGGGAGCUCGCGCGGCCCCAGGGCGCCGGCCCAGGCGGGGAGAGGGGCUCGGCUGUCCUGUGAGGGUCUCACGUUCCAUCCGGGUCCGGCGCGGGGCGGCGCGGCAUUCCUUCCGGGCUGCUGGGGUGGUGCCUCGACGUUCCAUCUGGAGAGCCUCGACGUUCCGCCCGAGCCCGGCGCGGGCGGCCGGGGCGCUGGCCGGGCCCUAGGACUGAGAGGCCGCCCGGCGACGCGGAUGCGGAGCCUUCUCGCCCAAGAUCAAAGCCACCGGUGCUCUCUUUGUGUCCGCACGGGAUUCGCUGCCCUGGGGCUGUCCAUGAAAACCUAAACUGCUGGAACCCGAGGCAGAGAACCCCCCCCUUUGGCUUCUUGCUCGGAGGGUGGCCACUCCGACCUGGAUUUACCGUUCUUGGCCCCCGUAAGCCCCCCCGUGCGGGGGGCGGCUGUGAUCGCUCUGGCGGUUGGAGGUCGGGGAGCGGCCCGGGCUCUGGCCAUGUUCUCGGAUGAGGAUUUCUGGAUCGCCCUUUGAAGAGGUCUCCCCGAGAGGGCCCUGCCCGGUCGGAGAGAGGGAUGGACAGCCAGAAGCAGCCUGGUGAGGAUAAAGAUUCAGAACCAGCAGCCGAUGGACCUGCAGCCUCUGAGGACCCAGGUGCCACUGAGCCAGACCUUCCCAAAACACAUGUGGGAGAGGUCUCUGUCCCCACUUCUGGGAGUCCCAGGCUUCAGGAGGCUUCCCAGAACUGCAGUGGGGGUCCAGUGCGGCGUUGUGCUCUCUGUAACUGCGGGGAGCCCAGUCUGCAUGGGCAGCGGGAACUACGGCGCUUUCAGUUGCCAUUUGACUGGCCCCGGUGUCCAGUGGUGUCUCCUGGGGGGAACCCAGGGCCCAAUGAGGUAGUGCUGCCCAGUGAGGACCUAUCACAGAUUGGUUUCCCUGAGGGCCUUACACCUGCCCACCUAGGAGAACCUGGAGGAUCCUGUUGGGCUCACUAUUGGUGUGCUGUGUGGUCAGCAGGCGUAUGGGGGCAGGAGGGCCCAGAACUAUGUGGUGUGGACAAGGCCAUCUUCUCAGGGAUCUCACAGCGCUGCUCCCACUGCACCAGGCUCGGUGCCUCCAUCCCUUGCCGCUCACCCGGAUGUCCACGGCUUUACCACUUCCCCUGUGCGACUGCCAGCGGUUCCUUCUUAUCCAUGAAAACAUUGCAGCUGCUAUGCCCGGAGCACAGUGAGGGGGCUACACAUCUGGAGGAGGCUCGCUGUACAGUAUGUGAGGGACCAGGGGAAUUGUGUGAUCUGUUUUUCUGUACCAGCUGUGGGCAUCACUAUCAUGGGGCCUGCCUGGACACUGCUCUGACUGCCCGCAAGCGUGCUGGCUGGCAGUGCCCUGAAUGCAAAGUGUGCCAAGCCUGCAGGAAACCUGGGAAUGACUCUAAGAUGUUGGUCUGUGAGACGUGUGACAAAGGCUACCAUACCUUCUGCCUAAAACCACCCAUGGAGGAACUGCCUGCUCAUUCUUGGAAGUGCAAGGCAUGCCGGAUAUGCCGGACCUGUGGGGCAAGCUCAGCAGAGCUGAAUCCCAACUCUGAAUGGUUUGAGAACUUCUCUCUCUGUCACCGCUGUCACAAAGCCCAGGGAGGUCAGCCUGUCAGUUCUGUUGCUGAGCAGCAUCCCCCUGUCUGUAGCAGAUUUUCACCCCCAGAGCCUGGCAAUAACACCACUGAUGAGUCCGAUGCUCUGUACAUUGCAUGCCAAGGGCAGCCAAAGGGUGGGCACGUGACCUCUAUGCAACCCAAGGAACCGGGGCCCCUGCAAUGUGAAGCCAAACCACUAGGGAGAGCAGGGGUCCAACUUGAGCCCCAGUUGGAGGUCCCCCUAAAUGAGGAGAUGCCACUGCUGCCCCCACCUGAGGAAUCGCCUCUGUCCCCACCACCAGAGGAAUCACCUACAUCCCCACCGCCUGAGGCAUCACGCCUGUCCCCACCACCUGAGGAAUCACCUGCAUCCCCACCACCAGAGGCAUUGCACCUGUCUGCACCGUCAGAGGAAUCGCCCCUCUCUCCACCACCUGAGGAGUCUCCUCUGUCUCCCCCACCUGAGUCAUCACCUUUUUCUCCACUGGAAGAGUUGCCCUUUUCUCCACCAGAAGAGUCACCCCCAUCUCCUGCACUGGAGACACCCCUGUCUCCACCACCUGAAGCAUCACCCUUAUCUCCACCAUUUGAGGAAUCUCCUUUGUCCCCCCCACCUGAGGAAUUGCCCACUUCCCCACCACCUGAAGCAUCUCGCCUGUCUCCACCCCCUGAAGAGUCACCCAUGUCCCCUCCACCUGAAGAGUCACCUAUGUCUCCACCACCUGAAGCAUCUCGUCCAUUCCCACCAUUUGAAGAGUCUCCUCUGUCUCCUCCACCUGAAGAGUCUCCCCUCUCCCCACCCCCUGAGGCAUCACGUCUGUCUCCACCACCUGAGGACUCACCCAUGUCUCCUCCACCUGAAGACUCACCUAUGUCCCCCCCACCUGAGGUAUCAUGCUUGUUCCCCCUGCCUGAGGUGUCACGCCUAUCCCCACCACCUGAGGAAUCUCCUCUAUCCCCACCACCUGAGGAGUCUCCCAGGUCCCCUCCACCUGAGGCUUCACGACUAUCCCCACCACCCGAGGACUCACCCACAUCCCCACCACUUGAAGACUCACCUGCUUCCCUACCACCGGAGGACUCACUCAUGUCCUUGCCGCUGGAGGAGUCAUCCCUGUCACCACUGCCUGAGGAGCUGCAUCCCUGCCCCCAGCCUGAGGAGCCACACCUGUCCUCCCAGCCUGAGGAGCCGCACCUGUCCCCCCAGUCUGAGGAGCCGCAUCUAUUCUCCCAGCCUGAGGAGCUGCAUCUGUCCCCCCAGCCUGAGGAGCCUCACUUGUCUCCUAGGCCUGAAGAGCCGCAUCUGUCCCCACAGCCUGAAGAGCUGCAUCUGUCCUCUGUGUCUGAGGAGCCAUGCUUGUCCCCCAAGCCAGAGGAACCACACCCGUCCCCUCGGCCUGAGGAACUGCGCUUAUCCCCCCAGACUGAGGAGCCCCACCUGUCUCCCCAGCCUGAGGAACCACACCUGUCCCCCCGGCCUGAGAAACUACACCCGUCUCCCCAACCUGAGGAACCGCUCCUAUCCCCUCAGCCUGAGGAACCACACCUGUCUCCUCAGCAUGAGGAACAAUGCCUAUCCCCUCACCCUGAGGAACCACGCCUGUCCCCUCAUCCUGAUGAACCAUGUUUGUCCCCUCGGCCUGAGGAGCCCCGUGAGGAUCCCAGCCAAUGCCUCACACUUGAGUUACCCUUGUUCCCCCGACCUGGGGAGCCACCCUUAUCCCCCUUGCUUGGAGAGCCGGCCCUGUCUGAGCCUGGGGAACCACCUCUAUCCCCUCUGCCUGAGGAGCUGCCCUUAUCCUCAUCUAGGGAGCCAUCCUUAUCACCUCAGCUCAUGCCACCAGAUCCUCUUCCUCCUCCACUUUCACCCAUUAUCACAGCUGUGGCCCCACCAGCGCUGUCUCCUUUGGGGGAGUUAGAGUACCCCUUUGGUGCCAAAGGGGACAGUGACCCUGAAUCACCAUUGACUGCCCCCAUUCUGGAGACACCCAUCAGCCCUCCACCAGAAGCUAAUUGCACUGACCCUGAGCCUGUUCCCCCCAUGAUUCUCCCUCCAUCUCCAGGCUCCCCGAUGGAAGUGGCUUCUCCCAUCCCGAUGGAGCCCCUUCCCCCUCAGUCUUCACCACUCCUUCAUUCCCUGCCUCCUCAAAAUUCCCCUCCUGCUCUGCCACUGUCCAUGCCCUCCCCAUUAAGUCCUAUAGGGAAAGCAGUGGAAGUCUUAGAUGAGGCUGAGCCACAGGAGAUGGAAACUGAGAAAGUCCCAGAACCUGAGUGCCCAGCCUUAGAACCCAGUGCCACCAGUCCUUUCAUCUCCCCCAUGGGGGAUCUUUCCUGCCCUGCCCCUAGCCCUGCCCCCAGCCCUGCCCCAGCCCUGGAUGACUUCUCUGGCUUGGGGGAAGACAUAACGCCUCUGGAUGGGAUUGAUGCUCCUGGUUCACAGCCAGAGGCAGGACAGACUCCUGGCAGUUUAACUAGUGAACUUAAAGGUUCUCCUGUGCUCCUGGACCCCGAGGAGCUGGCCCCUGUGACCCCUAUGGAGGUCUAUGGCCCUGAAUGCAAGCAGGCAGCAGGACAGGGCUCACCCUGUGAAGAACAGGAGGAGCCACGUGCACCAGUGGCCCCCAUACCACCCACUCUCAUCAAAUCUGACAUUGUUAAUGAGAUCUCUAAUCUGAGCCAGGGCGAUGCCAGUGCCAGUUUUCCUGGCUCAGAGCCCCUUCUGGGCUCUCCUGACCCCGAGGGGGGUGGUUCCUUGUCCAUGGAGCUAGGGGUCUCUACAGAUGUUAGUCCAGCCCGAGAUGAGGGCUCCCUACGACUCUGUACUGACUCACUGCCUGAGACCGAUGACUCACUAUUGUGUGAUGCUGGGACAGCUAUCAGCGGAGGCAAAGCCGAAGGGGAGAAGGGGAGGCGGCGUAGCUCCCCAGCCCGUUCCCGCAUCAAACAGGGUCGCAGCAGUAGUUUUCCAGGAAGGCGCCGGCCUCGUGGAGGAGCACAUGGAGGACGUGGGAGAGGACGGGCCCGGCUAAAAUCAACUGCUUCUUCCAUUGAGACUCUGGUAGUUGCUGAUAUCGAUAGCUCUCCCAGCAAGGAAGAAGAAGAAGAUGACGACGACACCAUGCAGAAUACCGUGGUUCUCUUCUCCAACACAGACAAAUUUGUUCUAAUGCAGGACAUGUGUGUGGUAUGUGGCAGCUUUGGCCGAGGGGCAGAGGGCCACCUUCUUGCCUGUUCACAGUGCUCUCAGUGCUACCACCCUUACUGUGUUAACAGCAAGAUCACCAAGGUGAUGCUGCUGAAGGGCUGGCGUUGUGUGGAGUGUAUUGUGUGUGAGGUGUGUGGUCAGGCCUCUGACCCCUCACGCUUGCUGCUCUGUGAUGACUGUGACAUCAGCUACCACACUUACUGCCUGGAUCCACCACUGCUCACCGUGCCUAAGGGCGGUUGGAAGUGCAAGUGGUGUGUGUCUUGUAUGCAGUGUGGAGCCGCCUCCCCUGGCUUCCACUGUGAAUGGCAGAAUAGUUACACACACUGCGGGCCCUGUGCCAGCCUGGUGACCUGCCCUAUCUGUCAUGCUCCAUACGUGGAAGAGGACCUCCUAAUCCAGUGCCGCCAUUGUGAACGGUGGAUGCAUGCUGGUUGUGAAAGCCUCUUCACAGAGGAUGAUGUGGAGCAGGCAGCCGAUGAGGGCUUUGACUGUGUUUCCUGCCAGCCCUACGUGGUAAAACCUGUGGUGCCUAUUGCACCUCCAGAGUUGGUGCCUAUGAAGGUUAAAGAGCCAGAGCCUCAGUACUUUCGCUUUGAGGGUGUGUGGCUGACAGAAACUGGCAUGGCUGUGCUGCGUAACCUGACCAUGUCUCCACUGCACAAGCGGCGCCAGCGGCGAGGACGGCUUGGCCUCCCAGGCGAGGCAGGGAUGGAAGGUUCUGAGCCCUCAGAUGCUCUUGGCCCUGAUGACAAGAAGGAUGUGGACCUAGAUCCUGACGAGCUGCUCAAGGCUGAAGGUGGUGUGGAGAAUAUGGAGUGUGAAAUUAAACUGGAGGGCCCUGUCAGCCCUGAUGUGGAGCCUGGCAAGGAGGAGACCGAGGAAAGCAAAAAACGCAAGCGCAAACCCUAUCGGCCUGGCAUUGGAGGUUUCAUGGUGCGACAGCGGAAAUCCCACACUCGGGUGAAAAAGGGGCCUGCUGCACAGGCGGAGGUGUUGAGUGGGGAUGGGCAGCCCGACGAGGGUGAGACGGUGAUGCCUGCUGAUCUGCCUGCAGAGGGCUCUGUGGAACAGAGCUUAGCUGAUGGGGAUGAGAAGAAGAAGCAACAGCGGCGAGGGCGCAAGAAGAGCAAACUAGAAGACAUGUUCCCUGCCUACCUACAGGAAGCCUUCUUUGGGAAAGAGUUGCUGGACCUGAGCCGUAAGGCCCUUUUUGCUGUUGGGGUGGGCCGGCCGAGCUUUGCACUAGGAACCCCAAAAGCCAAGGGGGAUGGAGGCUCAGAAAGGAAGGAGCUCUCCACCUUGCAGAAAGGAGAUGAUGGUCCAGAUGUUGCAGAUGAAGAAUCCCAUGGCCCUGAGGGCAAGGCUGACACACCAGGACCUGAGGAUGGGGGCGUAAAGGCAUCCCCAGUGCCCAGUGACCCUGAGAAGCCAGGCACUCCGGGUGAAGGGAUGCUUAGCUCUGACUUAGACAGGAUUCCCACAGAAGAACUACCCAAAAUGGAAUCCAAGGACCUCCAGCAGCUCUUCAAGGAUGUUCUAGGUUCUGAACGAGAGCAGCACCUCGGUUGUGCAACCCCUGGCCUGGAAGGCAGCCGUACGCCACUGCAGAGACCCUUUCUUCAAGGUGGACUCCCUUUGGGCAAUCUUCCCUCCAGUAGCCCAAUGGACUCCUACCCGGGCCUCUGCCAGUCCCCAUUCCUGGAUUCUAGGGAGCGCGGGGGCUUCUUUAGCCCAGAACCCGGUGAACCAGAUAGCCCCUGGACAGGCUCAGGAGGCACCACGCCCUCCACUCCCACCACCCCAACCACAGAAGGUGAGGGCGACGGGCUGUCCUAUAACCAGCGGAGUCUUCAGCGCUGGGAGAAGGAUGAAGAGUUGGGCCAGCUCUCUACCAUCUCACCUGUGCUCUAUGCCAACAUUAACUUUCCUAAUCUCAAGCAAGAUUACCCAGACUGGUCUAGCCGUUGCAAACAAAUCAUGAAGCUGUGGAGAAAGGUUCCGGCCGCUGACAAAGCCCCCUACCUGCAAAAGGCCAAAGAUAACCGGGCAGCUCACCGCAUCAACAAGGUGCAGAAGCAGGCUGAGAGCCAGAUCAACAAGCAGACCAAGGUGGGCGACAUAGCCCGAAAGACUGACCGACCAACCCUACAUCUCCGCAUUCCCCCCCAGCCAGGGGCACUGGGCAGUCCACCCCCUGCUGCUGCCCCCACCAUUUUCAUUGGCAGCCCCACUACCCCUGCCGGCUUGUCUACCUCUGCGGAUGGGUUCCUGAAGCCGCCAGCGGGCACAGUGCCCGGCCCCGACUCGCCUGGUGAGCUCUUCCUCAAGCUCCCACCCCAGGUGCCCGCCCAAGUGCCUUCGCAGGACCCCUUUGGACUGGCCCCCACGUAUGCUCUGGAGCCCCGCUUCCCCACAGCACCACCCAGCUAUGCCCCCUAUCCUAGUCCAACUGGGGCCCCCUCACAGCCCUCAAUGCUGGGCACCUCAUCUCGUCCUGGAACUGGCCAGCCAGGAGAAUUCCACACUACUCCACCUGACACCCCCCGACACCAGCCCUCCACACCUGACCCCUUCCUCAAACCCCGCUGCCCUUCACUGGACAAUUUGGCUGUGCCUGAGAGCCCAGGAGUAGGGGGAAGUAAGGCUUCUGAGCCCCUGCUCUCACCGCCACCUUUUGGAGAGUCCCGGAAGGCCCUAGAGGUGAAGAAGGAAGAGCUUGGGGCAUCUUCUCCUAGCUAUGGGCCCCCAAACCUGGGCUUUGUUGACUCACCCUCCUCAGGCCCCCACCUGGGUAGCCUGGAGUUAAAGGCACCUGAUGUCUUCAAAGCUCCUCUGACCCCUCGGGCAUCUCAGGUAGAGCCCCAGAGCCCGGGCUUGGGCCUACGGCCCCAGGAACCUUCCCCUGCCCAGGCUUUGGCCCCCUCACCCCCUAGCCACCCAGACAUCUUUCGCCCUGGCCCCUACUCUGACCCCUAUGCCCAGCCCCCAUUGACCCCUCGGCCCCAGCCACCACCCCCAGAGAGCUGCUGUACCCUGCCUCCUCGCUCAUUGCCCUCUGACCCAUUCUCCCGAGUGCCUGCCAGUCCUCAGUCCCAGUCCAGCUCGCAGUCCCCUUUGACACCCCGCCCUCUCUCUGCUGAGGCUUUCUGUCCAUCCCCUGUUACCCCUCGCUUCCAGUCCCCUGACCCUUACUCUCGACCGCCCUCACGCCCUCAGUCCCGUGACCCAUUUGCUCCGUUGCAUAAGCCACCCCGACCCCAGCCUCCUGAAGUUGCCUUUAAGGCUGGGCCUCUAGCCCACACUCCACUGGGGGCUGGAGGAUUCCCAGCAGCCCUGCCUUCAGGGCCAGCAGGUGAGCUCCAUGCCAAGGUCCCAAGUGGGCAGGCCCCCAAUUUUUCCCGGUCCCCUGGGACGGGCACAUUUGUGGGCACCUCUUCUCCCAUGCGUUUCACUUUCCCUCAGGCAGUAGGGGAGCCUUCCCUAAAGCCCCCUGUCCCUCAGCCUGGUCUCCCUCCGCCCCAUGGGAUCAACAGCCAUUUUGGGCCCGGCCCCACCUUGGGCAAGCCUCAAAGCACAAACUACGCAGUAGCCACAGGGAACUUCCACCCAUCGGGCAGCCCCUUGGGGCCCAGCAGUGGGUCCACAGGGGAGAGCUAUGGGCUGUCCCCGCUACGCCCUCCAUCAGUUCUGCCACCACCUGCACCCGAUGGAUCCCUACCCUACCUAUCCCAUGGAGCAUCACAGCGAUCAGGCAUCAGCUCUCCUGUCGAAAAGCGAGAAGACCCAGGGACUGGAACAGGUAGCUCUAUGGCGACACCUGAAAUCCCAGGUACCCAGGACCCAGGCAUGUCCAACCUUAGCCAGACAGAGCUGGAGAAGCAACGGCAGCGCCAGCGACUACGAGAGCUUCUGAUUCGGCAGCAGAUCCAGCGCAACACUCUGCGGCAGGAGAAGGAAACAGCUGCAGCAGCUGCAGGAGCAGUGGGUCCUCCAGGCAGCUGGGGUGCUGAGCCCAGCAGCCCUGCCUUUGAGCAGCUGAGUCGAGCCCAGACGCCCUUUGUUGGGACCCAGGACAAGAGCAGCCUUGUGGGGCUGCCCCCAAGCAAACUGAGUGGCCCCAUCUUGGGGCCAGGGGCCUUCUCCAGCGAUGACCGACUCUCCCGGCCACCUCCACCAGCCACACCUUCCUCUGUGGAAGUGAACAGCCGGCAACUAGUAGGAGGCUCCCAAGCUUUCUAUCAGCGAGCACCCUAUCCUGGGUCCCUGCCCUUACAGCAGCAACAGCAACAACUGUGGCAGCAGCAACAGGCAACAGCAGCAACCUCCAUGCGACUUGCCAUGUCUGCUCGCUUUCCAUCAACUCCUGGACCUGAACUUGGACGCCAAGCUCUAGGUUCCCCUUUGGUGGGAAUUUCCACCCGCCUGCCAGGCCCUGGUGAGCCAGUGCCUGGUCCAGCUGGUCCUGCCCAGUUCAUUGAGUUGCGUCACAAUGUGCAGAAAGGACUAGGACCUGGGGUGGCUCCAUUUCCUGGCCAGGGUCCGCCUCAGAGACCUCGUUUUUACCCUGUUAGUGAAGACCCCCACCGACUGGCUCCUGAAGGACUUCGGGGCCUGGCAGUAUCAAGCCUUCCCCCACAGAAACCCUCAGCGCCAUCAGCCCCUGAAUUGAACAACAGCCUCCAUCCAACGCCCCACACCAAGGGUCCUACCCUCCCAACUGGCUUGGACCUGGUUAGCCGGCCCCCCUCGAGUACUGAGCUUGGCCGCCCCCCUCCUCUUGCCCUGGAAGCUGGAAAGUUGCCCUGUGAGGAUUCUGAGCUAGAUGAUGACUUUGAUGCCCACAAGGCCCUAGAGGAUGAUGAAGAGCUUGCUCACCUGGGUCUAGGUGUGGAUGUAGCCAAGGGUGAUGAUGAACUGGGCACCCUGGAAAACCUGGAGACCAAUGACCCCCAUCUGGACGACUUGCUCAAUGGAGAUGAGUUUGACUUACUGGCAUAUACGGACCCUGAGCUGGACACUGGGGACAAAAAGGACAUCUUCAAUGAACACCUGAGGCUGGUGGAGUCUGCUAAUGAGAAGGCUGAGCGGGAGGCCCUGCUGAGGGGGGUGGAGCCAGGACCCUUAGGUCCUGAGGAACGUCCUUCCCCUGCCACUGAUGCUUCUGAGCCCCGCCUAGCAUCUGUACUCCCUGAGGUGAAGCCCAAGGUAGAGGAGGGAGGGCGCCACCCUUCCCCUUGCCAAUUUACCAUGACCACCCCCAAAGUAGAGCCAGCACCUGCUACCACUUCCCUUGGCCUGGGGUUGAAGCCAGGACAGAGCAUGUUGGGCAGCCGGGACACCCGGAUGAGCACAGGCCCAUUUUCUAGCAGUGGGCACACAGCUGAGAAAGGCCCCUUUGGGGCCACAGAGGGACCACCAGCUCACCUGUUGACCCCCAGCCCGCUGAGUGGCCCAGGAGGAUCCUCUUUGCUGGAAAAGUUUGAACUAGAGAGUGGGGCUUUGACUUUGCCUGGUGGACAUACAGCAUCUGGGGAUGAGCUGGACAAGAUGGAGAGUUCACUGGUAGCCAGUGAAUUGCCUCUGCUUAUUGAGGACCUAUUGGAGCAUGAGAAGAAGGAGUUGCAGAAGAAGCAGCAGCUUUCAGCACAGUUGCAGCCUGCCCAGCAGCAGCAGCAGCAACAGCAACAUUCCCUGUUGUCCACACCAGGUGCUCCCCAGGCCAUGCCUUUGCCACAUGAAGGUUCUCCCAGUUUGGCUGGACCCCAACAGCAGCUUGCCCUGAGUCUUGGAGGUGCCCGACAGCCAGGCUUGGCUCAGCCUCUGAUGCCUACCCAGCCACCAGCUCAUGCCCUCCAGCAGCGCCUGGCCCCAUCCAUGGCUAUGGUGUCUAAUCAAGGGCAUAUGCUAAGUGGGCAACAUGGGCAGGCAGGCUUGGUACCCCAGCAAAGCCCACAGCUAGUGUUGUCACAGAAGCCCCUGAGCACCAUGCCACCUUCCAUGUGUAUGAAGCCCCAGCAACUGGCGAUGCAACAGCAGCUGGCUAAUAGCUUCUUCCCGGAUACAGACCUGGACAAAUUUGCUGCAGAAGAUAUCAUUGAUCCCAUUGCAAAGGCCAAGAUGGUAGCUUUGAAAGGCAUCAAGAAAGUGAUGGCUCAGGGCAGCAUUGGGGUGGCACCUAUAAACAGGCAACAAGUAUCUCUGCUAGCCCAGAGGCUCUCAGGGGGAGCUGGCAGUGAUCUGCAGAACCAUGUGGCAGCUGGGAGUGGCCAGGAGCGGAGUGCCAGUGACCCUUCUCAGUCUCGUCCCAAUCCACCUACUUUUGCCCAGGGAGUGAUUAAUGAGGCUGACCAGCGGCAAUACGAAGAGUGGUUGUUCCAUACCCAGCAGCUCCUACAGAUGCAGCUGAAGGUGCUAGAGGAGCAGAUUGGUGUGCACCGCAAAUCCCGGAAAGCUCUGUGUGCCAAGCAGCGCACUGCCAAAAAGGCUGGCCGUGAGUUCCCAGAAGCUGAUGCUGAGAAGCUCAAACUGGUUACAGAGCAGCAGAGCAAGAUCCAGAAACAGCUAGAUCAGGUCCGGAAACAGCAGAAGGAGCACACUAAUCUCAUGGCAGAAUAUCGGAAUAAACAGCAGCAGCAGCAGCAGCAACAACAGCAGCAGCAGCAGCAGCAGCAACAGCAGCAGCAGCAGCAGCAGCAACAGCAGCAGCAGCAGCAGCAGCACUCAGCUGUGUUGGCACUCAGCCCUUCCCAGAGUCCACGGCUACUUACCAAGCUCCCUAGUCAGCUGCUUCCUGGCCAUGGGCUGCAGCCACCACAGGGGCCUCCAGGUGGACAAACCGGAGGUCUCCGCUUGCCCCCUGGGGGUAUGGCAUUACCUGGACAGCCUGGUGGCCCCUUCCUCAAUACACCUCUGGCACAGCAACAACAACAGCAACAUUCUGGUGGUGCUGGAUCCUUAGCUGGCCCCUCAGGAGGGUUCUUCCCUGGCAAUCUUGCUCUUCGAAGCCUUGGACCUGAUUCAAGGCUUUUACAGGAAAGGCAGCUGCAGCUGCAGCAGCAGCAACGUAUGCAGCUGGCCCAGAAACUGCAACAGCAGCAGCACCUCCUGGGACAGGUGGCAAUCCAGCAGCAACAGCAGCAGGGUCCUGGGGUACAGACAAACCAGGCUGUGGGUCCCAAGUCCCAGGGACUUUUGCCUCCUAGCACCCACCAGGGCCUCCUGGUCCAGCAGCUAUCCCCUCAGCCACCCCAGGGGCCCCAGGGCAUGCUGGGCCCUACCCAGGUGGCUGUGUUGCAGCAACAGCAUCCUGGAGCUUUGGGCCCCCAGGGCCCUCACAGACAGGUGCUUAUGACCCAGUCCCGUGUGCUGAGUUCUCCCCAGCUGCCCCAACCGGGUCAGGGCCUAAUGGCACACCGACUUGUCACAGCUCAGCAGCAGCAGCAACAACAGCACCAACAGCAGGGGUCCAUGGCUGGGCUGUCCCAUCUUCAGCAGGGUCUUAUGUCACACAGUGCUCAGCCCAAACUCAGUGCUCAGCCCAUGGGCUCCUUAAAGCAGCAGCAGCUGCAACAGCAGCAGCAACAGCAGCUGCAACAGCUACAGCAACAGCAGCUGCAACAGCAGCAAUUUCAGCAGCAGCAGCAGCAGCAGCAGCAACAACAGCAGAUGGGCCUCUUGAACCAGAGUCGAACUUUACUGUCUCCUCAGCAGCAGCAGCAGCAGCAGCAGCAGCAACAGCAGCAGCAGCAGCAGCAGCAGGUGGCCCUUGGCCCUGGUGUGCCAGCCAAGCCUCUUCAACACUUCUGUAGUCCAGGAGCUCUGGGCCCACCCCUCCUCCUGACGGGCAAGGAACAAAACGUCAUAGAGACAGCUCUUCCUUCGGAGGUCACCGAGGGGCCCUCAACACACCAGGGAGGGCCAUUAGCAGUAGGGACUACAUCUGAGUCAAUGGGCGCCGAACCAGGGGAGGUAAAACCCUCACUCUCUGGGGACUCACAACUCCUGCUUGUUCAACCCCAGGCCCAGCCUCAGCCCCAGCCCAGCUCUCUGCAGCUGCAGCCACCUCUGAGGCUUCCAGGACAGCAGCAGCAGCAAGUCAACUUUCUCCAUACAGCAGGGGGAGGAAGCCAUGGGCAACUCAGCAGUGGAUCAUCUUCUGAGGCCUCAUCGAUACCACACCUGCUAGCCCAAACUACUGUUUCCUUAGGGGAGCAAUCUGGGCCUAUGACCCAGAACCUUCUGGGCUCCCAACAGCCUCUUGGGCUAGAGCGGCCCAUACAGAAUAACACCGGGCCACAACCUCCCAAACAAGGACCUGUCUUGCAGUCUGGGCAGGGUCUGCCUGGCGUUGGAGUCAUGCCUACAGUGGGUCAGCUUCGAGCACAGCUCCAAGGAGUCCUGGCCAAAAACCCACAGCUGCGGCACUUGAGUCCUCAGCAACAGCAGCAGCUACAGGCCCUUCUCAUGCAACGGCAGCUGCAGCAGAGUCAGGCAGUACGCCAGACCCCACCCUACCAGGAGCCUGGGACCCAGCCCUCUCCUCUCCAGGGCCUCUUGGGCUGCCAACCCCAACUUGGGGGCUUCCCUGGAUCCCAGACAGGCCCCCUUCAGGAGCUAGGGGCAGGUCCUCGACCUCAGGGCCCACCCCGGCUCCCUGCCCCACAAGGAGCCUUAUCCACAGGACCAGUCGUUGGCCCUGUCCAUCCCACACCUCCACCCUCCAGCCCCCAAGAACCAAAGAGACCUUCACAAUUACCUUCUCCCAGCUCUCAGCUCCCCCCUGAGACCCAGCUCACCCCCACCCACCCAGGCACCCCAAAGCCCCAGGGGCCACCCUUGGAGCUGCCUCCUGGGAGGGUCUCACCUACUGCUGCCCAGCUUGCAGAUAACUUGUUUGGCAAAGAGCUGGGACCUUGGGACCCCCCUGACAACCUAGCAGAAGCCCAGAAGUCAGAGCAGAGCAGCUUGGUGCCUGGGCAUCUGGAACAAGUGAAUGGACAGGUGGUGUCUGAGCCACCCCAACUCAGCAUCAAGCAGGAACCUCGGGAAGAGCCAUGUGCCCUGGGAGCCCAGGCGUUGAAGAGGGAGGCCAAUGGGGAACCAGUAGGGGCACCAGGUACCAGCAACCACCUCUUGCUGGCGGGCUCCCGCUCAGAGGCUGGGCACCUGCUCUUGCAGAAGCUUCUACGAGCAAAGAAUGUGCAACUCAACAGUGGGCGGGGGUCUGAGGGGCUGCGAGCUGAGAUCAACGGGCAUAUUGACAGCAAGCUGGCUGGGUUGGAACAGAAACUACAGGGUACCCCCAGCAAUAAGGAGGAUGUAGCAGCAAGGAAGCCUUUGACACCGAAGCCCAAGAGGGUACAGAAGGCAAGCGACAGGUUGGUGAGCUCCCGAAAGAAGCUGCGGAAGGAGGACGGGGUCAGGGCCAGCGAGGCCUUGCUGAAACAGCUGAAACAGGAGCUGUCCCUGCUGCCCUUAACAGAGCCUGCUAUCACCGCCAAUUUUAGCCUCUUUGCUCCCUUUGGCAGUGGUUGCCCAAUCAGUGGGCAGAGCCAGCUGAGGGGGGCCUUUGGAAGUGGGGUGCUGUCCACUGGCCCUGACUACUAUUCCCAGCUACUUACCAAGAAUAACCUGAGUAACCCGCCGACACCACCCUCGUCGCUGCCCCCCACCCCACCCCCAUCGGUGCAGCAGAAGAUGGUAAAUGGUGUCACUCCAUCUGAGGAGCUGGGGGAGCACCCCAAGGAUGCCGCCUCUGCCCGUGAUACUGACGGGGUACUAAGGGAUGCUUCAGAGGUGAAGAGUCUAGACCUGCUGGCUGCCUUGCCUACACCCCCUCACAAUCAGACUGAGGAUGUCAGGAUGGAGAGUGAUGAGGAUAGUGAUUCUCCUGAUAGCAUUGUGCCAGCUUCAUCACCUGAGAGCAUCCUGGGGGAAGAGGCCCCUCGUUUCCCUCAUCUAGGCUCAGGCCGAUGGGAACAGGAUGACCGAGCCCUCUCCCCCGUCAUCCCCAUCAUUCCUCGGGCCAGCAUCCCAGUGUUUCCAGAUACUAAGCCUUAUGGGGUCCUUGACCUAGAGGUUCCUGCAAAGCUGCCUGCCACUUCUUGGGAAAAGGGCAAAGGAAGUGAGGUAUCAGUCAUGCUGACAGUCUCUGCUGCUGCAGCCAAGAACUUGAAUGGUGUGAUGGUGGCAGUGGCAGAGCUACUAAGCAUGAAGAUACCCAACUCCUAUGAGGUGCUGUUCCCAGAGAGCCCUGCCCGGGCAGGUGUUGAGCCUAAGAAGAGGGAAGCUGAGGGCCCUGACGGGAAAGAAAAGGGUCUGGGAGGCAAGAGCCCAGAUGCUGGCCCUGAUUGGCUGAAGCAGUUUGAUGCAGUGUUGCCUGGCUAUACCCUCAAGAGCCAGCUAGACAUCUUGAGCCUCUUGAAACAGGAGAGCCCUGCCCCAGAGCCGCCCACCCAGCACAGCUACACCUACAAUGUCUCCAAUUUGGAUGUGCGACAGCUCUCAGCCCCGCCUCCUGAAGAACCCUCCCCACCCCCAUCCCCCCUGGCACCCUCUCCUGCCAGCCCCCCUGCUGAACCCUUGGUUGAACUUCCGGCUGAACCCUCAGCUGAGCUGCCAGUCCCCUCACCUCUGCCAUUGGCCUCAUCCCCUGAAUCCUCACGGCCCAAAGCCCGAGCUCGGCCUCCUGAAGAAGGUGAAGAUUCCCGUCCCCCUCGCCUCAAGAAGUGGAAGGGAGUACGCUGGAAGCGGCUGCGGCUGCUGCUAACCAUCCAGAAGGGUAAUGGGCGGCAGGAGGAUGAGCGGGAAGUGGCAGAGUUUAUGGAGCAGCUUGGCACAGCCUUGCGACCCGACAAGGUGCCUCGAGACAUGCGACGCUGCUGCUUUUGCCAUGAGGAAGGUGAUGGGGCCACUGAUGGGCCUGCCCGCCUGCUGAACCUGGACCUGGACCUGUGGGUACACCUUAACUGUGCCCUGUGGUCCACAGAGGUAUAUGAGACCCAGGGUGGAGCAUUGAUGAAUGUGGAGGUUGCCCUACACCGAGGAUUGCUAACCAAGUGCUCCCUGUGCCAGCGAACCGGUGCCACCAGCAGCUGCAAUCGCAUGCGUUGCCCCAAUGUCUACCAUUUUGCUUGUGCCAUUCGCGCCAAGUGUAUGUUCUUCAAAGAUAAGACCAUGUUGUGUCCAAUGCAUAAGAUCAAGGGGCCUUGUGAGCAGGAACUGAGCUCUUUCGCUGUGUUCCGGAGGGUUUACAUUGAGCGGGAUGAGGUGAAGCAAAUCGCCAGCAUCAUUCAGCGGGGAGAACGGCUACACAUGUUCCGUGUGGGGGGCCUUGUGUUCCAUGCCAUUGGACAGCUGCUCCCACACCAGAUGGCUGACUUCCACAGUGCCACUGCCCUCUAUCCUGUGGGCUAUGAGGCUACACGGAUCUACUGGAGCCUCCGCACCAACAAUCGUCGCUGCUGCUACCGCUGCUCUAUCAGCGAGAACAACGGCCGGCCAGAGUUUGUUAUCAAAGUCAUUGAGCAGGGCCUGGAGGACCUGGUCUUCACUGACGCCUCUCCCCAGGCUGUGUGGAAUCGCAUCAUUGAGCCUGUGGCUGCCAUGAGAAAAGAGGCUGACAUGCUGCGCCUCUUCCCUGAGUACUUGAAAGGCGAGGAACUCUUCGGGCUGACUGUGCACGCGGUGCUUCGCAUAGCUGAAUCACUGCCUGGGGUGGAGAGCUGUCAAAACUAUUUAUUCCGCUAUGGGCGCCACCCCCUGAUGGAGCUGCCACUCAUGAUCAACCCCACUGGCUGUGCCCGAUCAGAGCCUAAAAUCCUCACACACUACAAACGGCCCCAUACCCUGAACAGCACCAGCAUGUCUAAGGCAUAUCAGAGCACCUUCACAGGCGAGACCAACACCCCAUACAGCAAGCAGUUUGUGCACUCCAAGUCAUCUCAGUACCGGCGGCUACGCACCGAGUGGAAGAACAAUGUGUAUCUGGCUCGUUCCCGCAUCCAGGGCCUGGGGCUCUAUGCAGCCAAGGACCUAGAAAAGCACACAAUGGUCAUUGAGUACAUCGGCACCAUCAUUCGAAAUGAGGUGGCCAACCGGCGGGAAAAAAUCUACGAGGAGCAGAAUCGAGGCAUUUACAUGUUCCGAAUAAACAAUGAACAUGUGAUUGAUGCUACGUUGACUGGAGGCCCUGCCAGGUACAUUAACCAUUCCUGUGCCCCUAACUGUGUGGCAGAAGUUGUGACAUUUGACAAAGAGGACAAAAUCAUCAUCAUCUCCAGCCGGCGAAUCCCCAAAGGAGAGGAGCUGACCUAUGACUAUCAGUUUGAUUUUGAGGACGAUCAGCACAAGAUCCCCUGCCACUGUGGAGCCUGGAAUUGUCGGAAAUGGAUGAACUAAGAAGCAUUGAGGCUACCAGGCAGGGGAGUCCCCCCACCCCCAACCUCUUCCCUGAAAGGGAUGAGGGGGAAGAGAGGUAGCAGCCAGAGCCAGGACCCAGGGCUGGGGCUGCCGGCUGACCGGAGCCCCUGGAGCAGGAGGCUGGGGCAGAGGGCCCUAGGCCAAGCCCACCCUGGGCACCAGGGACAACCCUCUUCCCCGCCACCGGCCCUCAGGCUGGCAUCUCUGCCCCCAGCUCCAGGAGGGGCCAGACAGAAGCAGCCAUUGGGCAUCUCAGGUUUGAGGGGGAUAUGGGCCGGGAACUACCCAGAAGCAUCUGGGAGGCAGCAGGGAGGGGGGAGGAGGAUGUGUGGCCGGGCCUCACAGCCCUGCUGCUCCCACUGACCUCUCCGGCCCAACUCAAGGCUGCAAAGAGACUUGACUAAGCUUGACAAUCCCAAAGGCCGGGUCCCACACCUGGCCCUGCCUGCCGGGUCCUGCCCCCACCCUCGCCCCCAUCCUCUUCCCUCUUUAUCUGUCUCUGUCUCCCUCUUCUCCUCUGUGUUUCUGUCUCUCUAUGGGUUGUGUUUCCUUGUUUUCCACUCUGACAAAUGCAACAUGAACGGGAAAGAGGCGCCCAGCUGUCCAGGAGGGCAAGCUGGGCAAGCCGGGCAAGGAGACCCCGCACCCACACCUACCUCAUUUAAGUGUUGGAUUUUUUGCUGUUUUGAAAUGUGAGACCCUCUCCAAGCCCCCUGCUGCCCCAACCCUCUCCCCCACUUCACUGCCCUCUUCUGAGUGGGUGGAAGGGGGGUAGGAGGAGGAAGAAAAAUCAACAACAAAAAAUCCAUCUUUGUUUUUAAUUAUGGGCAUGGGAUGGAGGUUGAGGCAAAUGAUGAUGAAGAUUGGGGAUGACUGGCUCCUAGUUGCUCUAGGACUUCCUUCUCCAUCUGGACAUGGGGGCAGGAGGGGUGUGCUAAACCUAGGACCAGGAUAUCUCCCUCCUGUUUUCCUAACCCCAUCAUGAGCCCAUUUGCCCUCCAGCCCCUGGAUGGGGUGGGUGGGGGAUAGGGUGAGGGCUAUCCCUGAGUGGCAUGCCCAUACCUAGUGAGGCAGGGUGUGGCCUGGAGCUCCCACUUUCCCUCAGUCACCAAACUGCUGCUGGUCUGGUGGGAAGGGGUGGUGAUGUGGGGGUGGGGGAGCUUAGUGUCAGCGCGGGGAGGGUGGGGGGUAUUUAUCUAUUUAUACAUGGGAUUGUACAUAGUCUUGUGGGGCAUGGGGGAGCCGGCUGGAGGUGAGAACCUUCCCCUCUCCCCCCACCCCCGGGGAGAGCAAAUGUAAAACUACUAAUUUUUGUGCUUUAUAUAUUCUAUAUAAAUAUAUCUAUUUUCUUUUUACAAAACCAGUUUAUAAAUGGUAGGGGGGCAUGGGGCGGACACAUGGAGCUCCCCUUGUGGGGGAGCCCUCUCCAUUACCCAACCUACCGCCCUUUUCCUCAACCCCCCACUCCCCAACCCCUGGCUGUGACUGCUGUAAGAUGGGGGUAUAGAGGCUGGGCAAGUCCCACCCCCUGUUGUAUAGUUGGACUAUGUUAUAACGCACAAAAGUGAGCUGACCCCAGGGGGAGCCAGAGGGUGAUGGGUUCCCUGCCUCCCUUUUCUUCCCCUUUCUGCCCAAGCUUGUGCUGCAGUUGAACCUCUUCCUGGGGGUGGGAAUAGGUAGGGGGUGGUUGAGGCCCCAAACCCCUCUCUAGUAGGGAACCAUGGGGAUGAAAAUGAAGCUUAUAUGCAGUUCUCUCCUAGGGGCUGUGGGCAAAGGGCAUUUUGUAAUUAAUAUUUUCAAGAAUCAAAUGUCUGGAGUGUAGGGGUGGGCUUGGUGGUGGCAGAUGGGUGGGCCUGCUGGAGGGGGAGCUCGGUCGCUGUCGUGAUUUUAGGUUUGUUUUUGUUUUGUUUUGAAUUUGGGGGGUUGUGGAUUGUUGGGGGUAGGGAGUUUUUUUUUUUUUUUUUAAGCUGCUUCCUCAACUGUUUCAAGCUGCAAAUAUAAGAGAGUAACACCCUCCACUCCCACAGGAACCGCUGUAAUUAAAUCAGACAGUAGGGAGAAUGGGCUGCUGCCACCAAAGCCACAGCCCUCGGAUGUUCCUUUUCCAUGAGCAAAAGGUCUAGGCUACAGUGAGGGGAGAUUGGCUCCUGUGAGUCAGGCUCUGGUUGGGGCUUGGGCCCUGGGACUGGGAAAAGGGGAUGAGGCAGACUUUGUAAGCAUAUGCUAGGUAUCCGAUAGUCCUGUAGAUUUUAGUGAAGAAACCUUAUACAGUUUUUAAUUUUUAUAUAAACUAUAACUCAGACCCAAGCUACAAGGUUGGAAUUUUGGUUGUUGGUUUUUUUAAGUACCCUGCCUGUAUAAUUGCAUCAGAAUCCUUCCCCCGCCCCUCCCCCGUGUUUGUAUUUUGGGUUGGUUUACACUCGCACAUACUCAGUUUUCAGUUUUCCCCUUUACAGUCUCCUCCCUUCACCUCCAGGACCCUCCCUCUUUUUAAAAAAUAAAUCGCUGACAAGUGUGAAUCCCGUGAAGACUUUAUUUUGUGUUGUGUGUAUCCUGUACAGCAAGGUUGGUCCUUCGUAACAACGGAUGAAAUGGUUCCCUUUUUUAAAACCCUCUCCCUGCACCCCCAGCGCCCUGUCCUUGGCAUGUUUUGUAUCAGCGAUCAUUCUGAACUGUACAUAAUUUAUGUUGCGAGAGGCAAAGGGCAAGUUUUGGAUUUUGCUUCUUCCAAGUUUGUUUUUAAACGACAAAUAAAAAAAGGACAUUUUAAAUA